AUGUCUUCACCACAAUAUUCCAGGUCACGGCCUCAAACGAGCAAUUCGAAAACACUAGUCUCGCUGCUCGCCAUCCUGCUCGCGCCUCAACUUGCUCACGCAGCCACACAACUCAGUUUCUUCGAGCACAGUUCAUGCAACGCGGGCACAUCAUUUCAGUCAUACGAUGACCCGAAUGCUCUACAGGCAGAUACUUCAUGUCAUCAGCUGCCUAAUGGCACGGUCGCGCUAUAUGUGCAUCAGAUCGACGAUGGUUGUACAUUGCGAACUUACCUCUCCACCUCAUGCGAUCCCGCCCAAUCCUCUCUUUCCGGCCUCCUCAUCCCGGUGGGCAACUGCUUCUACGUCGAGGAAGGCACCACUCUAGGCUCAUGGCGCGCCGACUGUGCGGGUGUGGACUACUCCUCCACAAACGGCCUGGACACAGGGAACUCGUACACGAACCACGCCAACGACGGCGGCGAUACUGUUUACUCGGCACUGGUGACGGCGACGGGAGCGGUGACUCUGACGGCCUCAUCAGCCACAACCUCAACUGAAUCGGCCGCGGCGACCACAGGUACGAGUGUAGUGCAAGCGGAUGCGACUUCGACGGCGGGCUCGAGCGCAAGUAUGACCGACGCUGCUACGACGACCACGACGGGAGCGGUGACGUCAGAGACGGCGAGUAGCGGUGCUGAGAACGUGAGAAGGGGCGCACUUGUAAUGGCUACCUUGGGCGUUGUUGCGGUCCUGGUGUCUCUGUACUAG